AAAUGUUUAAGCAAUUAUUAAUGCAAUUAUAAAAAUGUUUUGUUUGAUAGCGUUGUUCAUGAUCGGUGUUUGCAAUGUUGUUGUGUUUGGCCUACAAAUCGGUGAUUAUCCGGACAUUACUAAUACUACUGACUGUGGUAUCGGUCGUGAGUCGCAUCUGAUGGACGACCGGUGCUUUAAAUUUCAUUCAAGUCGUGAUUUUAUGACCUCUUCCUCAUCCUCUAUAGUGUACGGAAGGGACGCAAAGAGGGCUGAAUUGCCAUAUAUUGUAUACAUUGAGGAGUGGAAAGACAACAAACACACUUCUGAAUGUACGGGAACUGUACUCAAUCAGCACUGGAUACUGACUGUUGCCCACUGUUUUGAUAACUGUAACAACUGUUCAUAUAAAAUAUAUGCGGGACUUAUAGAUGUUAGAUAUCCGGGCAUUGAUUAUGGUAUCAAUAGAGUCAUUAAACACGAAAACAAUUCAGCUGUCAAUGACUUAGCACUGAUUAAUGUGAAAAUACCGAUGAAUUUUAGUACAAACAAUGGUCACUAUUAUCGGCAGAUAAACGGUAUUUGUUUGCCGACUAUCGAUCACAACAACACUGACUAUGAGUACGCCGUAAUCGCAGGUUUUGGUUGGACUGAAGGAAUUUUUUUCAAAUCUCAGUUACAAAUGGGUUGGAUUCGCAUCAAUCCUAUGGACACCCAAAACAAUGAUCCAAACCUGAUAUAUGCCGUCACAUAUCCGAAACAGUCUAACGGUUCCCUAAUUUGUUAUGGUGAUACCGGUGGUCCACUGAUACAGUAUGUUAGGGGUAGGGCUGUCCUAAUAGGUGUUGCUGUUGAUUGGUGGAGUCAAUUGGGAAUAUUAUGCGAAGAUUACGAACCGAUGCGCAUGUAUUUCAUAAGAGUUGCCACAAAAAUCAAUUGGAUUAUCGAUAAAAUCAGAAAAAAUACAAUUUAA